AAAUAAACUCUUAAAUAUCUGUUUGUGGAGUCGCAGACAGCGCCCGAUCAGUUCUUAUUUUAAGGCAAGUCGAGUCAAGUCAAGUAAAGUCGCUGCUACAACACCAGACAGACACAAUUGGUAGAAAGAAAGUUAAUUGCGGAAACAAUGCUUGUUUUUCAAAGGAAAACUCAGGCGGCAUUUAAUCGAAUGAAUUUAAAUUAAAUGCUCGAAGAAACGGCUGUGAGAAGAAAUCGUAAAGCUAGAAUAUCGCAAUAAGAACGAAUCCAAUACAAAUUGGAACAUUCUCGGCAAUUGGGAAAGUUACUUUCAUAACUGAGCCAAAGUCAGUAUUAGCCAGGCCAGGCCAGGUAUAUACUGCGGCGCAUGCGUAACUAAAAAAUUCUUUCGCCAAGUGACACAAUUUCACAAAACUCACAAAUCCACAAAUUCACAUAUUUUACGCUAUUGUGUUAAAUUAAACGAUUCGGAAAAAAACGUCUACACAAACUUCUAUACAAAAUAGAAGUAAUAUUCCCAAAAAAGAUAAAAGUUGAAAGCUGAAAGCUGAAAGCUGAGAGCUGAAUUUUUUGUUUACACAUUCGAACGCCCGCAGCAUGUUUUGGCGGUUCACCAGCAUUUUGGCACUCGCACUACUGUUGGGCGUUGUGCCAGCACAAUUGGACGCCUUCGUCACACAAUCAACAGGUUGUCACCACAACGGCACUUGGUACGCUGAUAAAUCGCUUGUUCCCACCACGGAAAAAUGUCUUAACUGUCAGUGUAACAAAAAAACGUUGACGUGCCGUUUGAAAGUGUGCCCCGAAAUGCCAAUGCCACCACCCAGAGGAUGUGUUGUUGUGCAGAAGAAGAAUACCUGUUGUCCGUAUCUAUCGUGCGCUCGUUUGGAUGCUUUUUACAAUAUACCCAAUACACGCCGCAUAAUCGCAUAUCUGAAUCAUUAUGAGCGGGAGUCAAUAGAUCGAGUUGUCAACGAGAAUGUAUUGCAACGUCGUUCGGAUGACUCAGAAGUGGACUUAUAUGUUUGUGUAAAAAAUGGCACCGUCUAUAAGUCUGGAUCUGCGAUGUCGUCGUCCAAUUUGUGUACCUACUGCUAUUGCAUCGGUGGCACUGAAAAGUGCGUCAAACCCAAAUGCAUGCUACCUGUCGAAGGUUGUAAGCCUAUAUUUGUUGAUUCAACUUGUUGUCCCGUACGUUACGAUUGUAGCACAAAGACAUUUGGAAAAUCCUCACAAGAAGUAAAUUAUCGCAAAACAUCGAACAAACAUUUCCUACGAAUGUCACAACGACUCCAAAGAAAUCGUGGUUGUACUGUAAACAAGCAAUUUUAUGCAGAAGGACAGAAAAUGAAAUCCGAUCCCGACAAGCCAUGUGAUAUUUGUUUCUGCAUACGUGGCAAUAGACGUUGCGCCCCAAAGAAAUGCUCACCGGCACUAAAAAAUUGCAUACCAGUUGUACCGAAAGGGCAAUGUUGUCCCUCCAGUUAUGACUGUGGUAGUCAAAGAGACUAUAGACGUGCACAAAACUCUCGGCAAUUCAAUUUUCUUUCUCUUUUAUUUGGUAAAGAUGAAGGCAUCGAAUCGAAUUCCACAGAAAUCUCAGUGCAGUAUCCACAUGACAGACAACCACCAGAAAUAAACGAAAAUAAUGUACCUAUCGUAAGCACUACAAGUGAGAGAAGUAUUUUUGACACAAUAAGAGAAGGUUUGGAAUUCAUUGAUGGAAAUAAUAAUCAAAUGCUAACUGACAAUAUUGAUCUAUUGGGCAUACAAACUGCGAUGUCGUCACCAAAAAUAGAAACAAGCACACCCUCGUCAACAAGUUUUAGUUCUACAACAGAAGUAAGCUUUUUAGACUUACUUUUAGGGCCUACUGAUGAUUUAAACGGUGUUGUUAACAAUUUAGAUGCCGCUAUGCCACAGUUGAAAACUACUACAAAAUAUCCGGGUUUAUCAUGGGUUGAUUUAUUGCUUGGUUCCGACGAAGAUGAUAAUAAGAAUAAUUUAGGGACAACAAAUACUGAUACAAUGGAUGCAACAGAAGCCACAACCUUUUUCCAUUCGAAAGAGGAUACAACUAAUAUUGACCGAAUGGAUGAAGAUUUCGAUGAUUUUUCUGGUAGUGGGGAGUUGCUUAUAACAGAUAUACCUGUAACGACAGAGUCAAUUGAAAAAUUCAGCACCGUCGCUGAAACGAAUUUAGUUAAAACUUCUACAGAAGCGAUUAAGCUGUUUGAAAAGAAUGUUGCAGAUAAUACAGUGCUGAGCACAGAAGAAAGCACUACAGAAUUACCGAAAAUAAAACCACAAGCAGUGAAAAUCUCGAUUACUCCUGAGCCGAAAGUAACAACAGUAGAUACUACAAUGAAAACAACAAUGAAACCUUCGCCUCAAGAAACAACAAACAUUCCCUUUAGGGGAAACAAAACACAUACCACCAAAAUUACACAUACAAAACCCAAUGAACAACUGCACAAGACAGAUUAUCUCCCCAUAGAAGAAGCACCGCCGAAAUAUAUGGAAGCACAACUCAAUAUACCCGAAAAGAAAAACAACUUGUUAACAGCAUUUUUCGAUGGCAUUUCAGAUAUUCUGGGUGAUUUACCAUCAGGAAACGCUACAAAUACCACGCUGUCACCAGCAGAUAUGGCGAUUACUCUACCUACUCCACGGCCGUUACCAUUGUUUAAACCAUUGCCACCAGUUAAGUCACAUACACGUAUCAAUUCAAAAAUUGCGAAUUUAACAGCACAAACUCCCAUAUUUGUAAUGAAGCAUGCCCAAAAUAUAACUAUUAAACCUAUACCAAUACAAUUGGGAACCACUACCACUGCAACAACUACAACGACUAGAAAAACCACUGCAACUCCAAUAAUUACAACAACUAUUGCAACUACUGCAUCCCGAACUACUGUUUCUAGCUUAACACCUAAUGCAAAUACAAUAACAACAAAAAGUACAAAAACCACACAAAAACUACCCACUACAGUACCUAUCUCCAUCACUACAACGUCACUUAUGGAUGCCACUACUAAGCAAUCAAAUAUAGUGCGAACUACCGAUAAGCCACUUAUAAUUAAAACAAAUCCUACAAUUUUGGAAGCAGAACCACUCGAUAAAAACGCUGAACCCACGCUGCCACCCAGCUUGCCAAACCUUAAAAUUAUUCCAUUUUUGCCAACAGAUGCCGUAAAGGCUGAUCGCGGUAAGCUACAUUACGAUUACUAUCACAACAAUCCACAGACGACAAAAAUUGAUUAUGAACUAUACGAUGAUGCCAAUCUUUAUCCUGCUAUAACCGAACGCUAUCCUACUUAUACAGAUUUAGAUGACAGCAAUAAGGCUGAAUAUAUUUACAAGUUUGACGUUGAAGGUCCAACUGAAAUCGAACCAGUUCCUCUACCUGCUCCUACUAAACUAGAAGAAGGCAUCACUGGCACCGCUAGCUUUGUAAAAUAUGAUUUCGAUAAUACUGCUCUUCAAACAAAAGGCUUUUCACCACCCACAAAGACAGAAGGCGGAUUUGUACCUAAAAAUCCACUUAUCAUUGAUGAAAAUGAACAACGUAAUGAAGACGAAUUGCGUCUGAAAAAUAGUUAUCAAGUGACAAAACAUAUUAUUGACAUCACAACUGCUGAUCCAGCUAAUAAUACAACAAAAGUAAUAGAAAUAACAACACCAGAUCCAUUCAAAGAUGUCAUUAGAACUGAAACACCACCAGAUUUAUCGUCUUUAAUCGAAGAUAAAGAAAAAAAUUCUAUUUUAAAACAUAAUAUCGAACUGCAAAAUAUCAAAACUUUUUCAACAUCUACCACAGUGAAGCCUUUUAUCAAUAAAACCACUCAUGUCGACACCCUUUUGCCUAGCCCAUAUCCUAGACCAAAAAAUACAAGUGAUUUUGAGGAAAUAGUUAAGGAUGAAAGGAACAGUAUAGAAAGCUUUUUUAAUCUUUUCUUCAACGCGGAUGAAGAUGAUGAACACGACGGCAACAAAUUCGUUGGCAGUUCCACGAUUGCAACAGUUCCAAAUGCAACUAUACCACCGUUUAAGUCCUUGCCUGCUUCUACCGUUAACAAUCUAGCUAUAAAUUGGACAACUAAAAGACCCAGCAGCACAACAACAAUUAGGAUAAGAACCACUACAGUAGCACCAACAACUGAAGUAACAACGGCAAAAGUAAAAACCACAAACAGCACGGUAGUAGCUCAAGGCAAUCCAAACAACAGACGUCGAACGACAACUCCCAAACCCGUACGGCAAAAGAAUACCCACACUCCCUCAGCAGCAACGCGAAUAAAGAACAAAACGAAAGUGAAUAACAGAAAUCAAAAUUUCGCAACAAACACAACAGCAAUAAGAACAGGGGAAACAAAUGCAAAUGCCACAAAAUCUAAAAUUACCCAUCCACUUCGAUACAGAGUAUCACCUACAACGACAACGAGAACGACAAUAGUAACAACAACCACUUCUGAACCCAUCACAACGACAUUGAAUACACUCAAACAAAACAAAUACGACACACAAAACAAAACCCGAACACCUCCGAACAGCAAUUCGAAUGCUCCACCUACAACAACGCUCCAUCCAUAUUUAAUGUCGCCCUUCGACAAAUUGCCUUUUAUGGACGCCAGCGUCGAAGUGAAGUCACACAGCAUAACAACGAGCACAGCACCCAAGGCGCAGCACCCAAGUGCGAAUGCGAACACAAACACGAAUCUAUUGGGACUAGUACACUACAAAAACAAGCUCAACAAGUUUGAAGGCUUAGAGCCAGCUUACGAAACAAGUGUCGUGAACAAGCACAACAGGGUUGUUAGUGCACCACAGGUAGCAGCGAUGUCGCCAGCCUCCAUUUCUUCGGUCGCAAGCUCCGCUUCAACGAAUGUGGUGGUUUCGCCUUCAUCAAACAGCCUCAUCGAUUCCGCUGGUAUUUUAAAACUGGCCGGCUGCAAUAUUUACGGUCGUAUGUAUCGUGUCGGUCGCAUCAUUUUAGAACUAUCGAAUCCCUGCCUCGAGUGCAGGUGUACCGAAGUCGGUGUAAAGUGUGGACCAUUAGACUGUUAGUUAAGUUAACUAUAAUGCAUCUAUAAAUAUUCCAAUGAAAGUUCCCCGUUCCCCUUACAGUGUUCGACAUUCGGAACUUUUACAAUAUGUAUUAAUUUUUUUCGAGUUCGAGUAGUGAUAAUAUCUCUUAGUUUCUGUAAGCAUUAGAUUUAAUUUAAACUGCGAUUGCAACGGCAAAAUUUUAUUUUA